AUGCAGUCCGACUUGCAGGAUCGAGCUAGAAAGACAAAGGAUUAUUUGAACUGUUAUAUGAAGACCAGAUCUGCUUCAGAACACUUUUGGGUCAAUCACCAACGAUUCCUCCGUUCGAGGGGCUAUGAGCUGCGGCCUAGGUAUCACUCUGACUGGGUCCCCUCAUGGACGCUACCUGGAGCGACAGUUGGGGAUAAUGAAGACCAAUUCGAGGACUCGUACAAACCACGUGUAUCUUUAUUCAUCUCUCCCCUUACUUGA